UACCGCUUGGAGAUUACGCCGGAUAUUGCUGCCUUGGGGGAAGUUGGUCCGAAAACUCAGGAAGUGCUUCUGAAGCCACGCACAGCGCUGAUUGGUCACGGGCCACCGCUCUGACCAAUGAAAGUGCGAGUAGGUGCCGAAGCUGAACGCUGAUGUGUGAUCCCGGCCUCUCGCUUUCCACUCAUUCCCAGAUCGUUGUGUCUCAGACAUGCCGUACUACCGCACCUGGGAGGAGUUCACCCGCGCGGCCGAGAAGCUUUACCAGGCCGAUCCCAUGAAGGUUCGUGUUGUGCUGAAAUACAGACAUUGUUAUGGGAACCUCUGCAUUAAAGUUACAGAUGACGUAGUGGUAAGUAAAACCCCGGUGCUUUAUGUUCAGGAUCAAGGGGAUUCAGCCCUACACCUUGAGAUCCCCUUGUAUGAUGAGGUUGGAUCAUACUGGGGGCCUACGGACAUCUGUCAGGUGAGGAUUGCUUCACAGUGUUGAUGGGGAAAACAGGAUUUUCAAACCUGUUUAAGGGUCGGGGCACUCUGGCAGAUUCGGGGAGAUUAGUCACCAGGCGGCAAAUCUCCUCUUCUUCGGGGCGACUAAUAUCCCCGAUCUGCCUUCCACUGGCUAAAAUGAAAAUCGUCUAGGGGCAGCCACUCGGAGCCAUUCGUUUUCCGAAGCCGUCCGAAGUUUCCGCGUCAGGAAAUUAUGCAUUCUGGUUACCUUCCCAUUGUUCUGUUGUUAUGCUGCUGGGGGGGUUUUGAUAUCACUCCAACUUGCAGUAAAGAGUGACUGAAAUUUAUCAGAGCACAAGUCACAUGAAUGGGGGCAGCUGGGAAACUGACAAUAUGUCAGAUUUAAAAAUUAAAUAUAGAAAAAUCUCUUUGCUCUUUUGAGAAAUGGAUUUCAGUGCAGAAUUCUGCAUUGCAGAACAGUUACUAUUGGCGUGACUAUAACAAUCCUGUGGAACUAUGUUAAAACGUAGGAUUAAAGCUGGCCGUACACUUAAAGAUCCACUCGUUUGGCAAGGUCGCCAUCUUGAGGCUGAUCAAUCACUUGGCCCAUGGGCUAAAUGAUCAGAUCAUAAUGAAGAACAAGCAGGCCCUUGUGGCAAGGACCACAUCAACAAGCCAAUGUGUCCCUCUCCCCAAUUGCCUGCUUGUCCUUCAUUGUGAUCUGACCAUUUGAUUGGAUCAGUCCAAUAUCCCCUACCUCAAGGUGGCAACUUUGCCAAAAAAGCAGAUACUUACAUGUAUGGCCAGCUUUUUUUUUUUUUUUACCUGCCUGAGACAUUGAACUGUUUUUGCAGGUCACCAUAUGCUUAGGAAACUGCACCCUAGUUUAUACUUGGACUGGUAGAGCUUUGUGUUUUAUAGAGUAUUUAUUAAAGGUGGCCAUAGACGCGAAGAUCCGCUCGUUUGGCAACAUCGCCAAACGAGUUGAUCUUUCCCCGAUAUGCCAUUAACAAGCAUGGCUAUAUCAGGGAGGUAAUCUGAUUGUUCGGCUGUAUGAUUACGAUGUGCCAUGGGCUCCGGUGGGAUCGGUCGGGUCAAAAUCAAACCUGACCGAUCUCCCCCGGACGAAAGAUGUCGGCACACACCACAUACGAUCCGAAAAUCGUACGAAUCCUCGAUUCGUACGAUAGGAUCUGUGUGUCUAUGGCCAUCUUUAGUCUUUAUUUGCUCUUUACCUUUCCAUCUGAUUUAGCAGCUGAUUUGCACUGGUAAUUCUGUGGGGAUCAGGGACUUGCUAUUUAUCAGGGAUACAGGCUGCAAUGAUUGAGGGGAGAGUAAUGGGAAGAAGUAGCCUAAGAACAUUUUAGGACUCUAAGUUGGUUCUACUUUUACAUGUUAGGUUCUGGGGAAAGUCUAGAAGUACCAGCAGGUUCCCUUGAGCAUUUAGUGAUCUGAUUGUAUAACCUAAAGUACAGGCAUACAGUUUGUCUGUCACCUCUUUGCAGUCUUACAGAGAAUGGGGACAAUGACAGAGUGCGGCUGAAAGAUCAGACUGUCUGAACUCGCUGAUGUUUCCCCCCUUUCUAU